AUGACGCCUAAACUGGGCCAAUUCCUCAAUGCGAUCAACGGCUUCGUCAAAGAACAGAACGAGUCGGGGUUGGCGGAUUUCUUGGUGAUUGAGCCGCCUUUCAAUCAGACGUAUCUGGAGAUGGUCGAGGAGGUGCGACAAGCAUACCCGAAAGGCAGCGAAGAGGCUCUUGAAGAGAAAUGCACCAAAUCGCUCACGGUGGCGAGCAAUGGAUUGAAUGGUAGCGCGAGUUGGACGAUGUUCAUCAAGUUCAUGGCGCAGUAUCUCUCUUAUCUGAGGGAUGUGGAUGCGGAUCCGAAUAAGUAUUUGGAGACUUAUGAGUUGCUUUAUGAGUUGCAGAAGCGGGCCAACAGCGCACUGGUGCACCCCUCUCUCGGACAAAUCAUGAUACAAACCGUCAUUUCAUGCGCCAAGCUGAUUUGCCGCCUUGCGAUUGGCCUCGACAAGCAACCUGAACUGAUCGCGCAUCUCAAGUCAAGCAAGCCAGGAGGCGAAGACGGCGGACGAGAAACACUGCCCGAACGAACUGCUGAAACCAUUCGUCAAGCCCUCACGACUUGCCUUAAUGAUCGAACAUCAGAUCUCGACCAGAACGGUAGACCCGAAGGCAAGAAGCGUGGCAUCUACAUCAUCGCCAACAUCUGCCUCAAGAUCUUCUUCCAAUGCCGUAAGACUCGCAAUGCGGAGAUGAUCUUCACGACCAUUAGAAACAACUCGCCUCCAUUGGCUGCAUAUCCGAAGGCUCAGCGAGUUACCUACCUCUACUACCUUGGACGAUACUGGUUCCAGAAUAACCACUUCCACCGCGCACAGCUGGCACUUGACGAGGCCUACAAUGAAAGCCCAAUCAACGAACUAGCAACCCGACAGAGACGACACAUCCUCAUCUACCUCAUCACCUGCAACAUCACCAUGGGCCGCUUUCCAUCAAACGUCGUCUUCCAACGCCCAGAAGCACAAGGGCUACGAGAGCGCUUCAUGCCAAUCAUGCUAGCCAUCCGAUCCGGCGACCUCACCCUCUUCCGCCAAUACCUCGACCUAGACGGCCCCAACGCGCCUUGGUUCCUCCACUUCCGCAUCCUCUUCCAACUCCGCAACCGGUGCGAAGUCCUCGUCUGGCGCAGCCUAAUCCGCAAAGUCUGGAUCCUCAACGGCACACGCUACGAACCCGGCGCCAAAACAGCACCACUAGUCGACGUCCACGACUUGCUCUCCAUCUUCCGCCUUUUAGAAAAACAAGCCCAGAAACCCCAAGACACCGCCUACAUCGACCCGGACCUCGAUGGCGACGACGAAGGCGACGAGGAUCCCGAUGCUCUCCUCCCCACCCUCUCCUCCAUCGAAUCCAUCCUCUCCUCCCUCGUCGACCAAGGUUUUCUGAGAGGCUUCAUCGCCCACCGCCAGCAGAAGUUCGUCAUUACGGGUGCGAAGCAGGCGGGCGGGGAUGUUCUCGCGGCGGGCUUUCCGCCGCCUUGGAAGGUGGUUCAGGGGAAGGUUGUGGGGUUGGAGGAGGUUCCUGGGUGGAAGAAGAUGGGGGGCGGUUUGGCGGGGAUGGCUACGGGGGGGAUUAGUGGGGGUAUGGUGGUUAAUUUGAGUGGGGCGAGGGCUUCCGGGGCGGCUUGA